UACCAGAAGAACCAGCUCCGACUUUCUUUAAUUUCUUGCUUCAUAUCCACUAGCUACAUCUGUUGCCAAGUUAAUUUCAGUCAUAAUGGGGUUUCAUCUCCCACUCAUCUUUGCUAUUCUCAGUCUAGCAGCGGUUGCACUGGCAAACCAUGCUGCUCAACCAGCCCCUCAACUUUACUGGAACUCCGUCCUGCCAAACACACAGAUGCCAAGAGCUAUCAGUGAACUUCUGCAUCCAGACUCCACAAAUGAAGAAAAGAGCAAACCUGAAAAUUUCCCAUUGGCCAAUAAAAAUUACCUUCAACAAGGGUAUGGAAAGGGCAAACCUGUUCAAAAAGGGUAUGGAAAGGGCAAACCUGUUCAAAAAGGGUAUGGAAAGGGCAAACCUGUUCAAAAAGGGUAUGGAAAGGGCAAACCUGUUCAAAAAGGGUAUGGAAAACGUUCUCCUCCAUCUGACAAUCAACUACUCCAUUAUAAAGAGUUAGCUAUAUUCUUCUUCGAGAAGGACAUGCGCCCUGGCACAACAAUGAAGUUCCAAUUCCCUAGAAAUUCAAACACGGCUACUUUCCUGUCACGCGAAAGUGCUCAAUCGAUCCCCUUCUCCUCUAACAAACUACCAGAAAUUUUCAACCAUUUUUCAGUGAAGCCAACAUCUGUGGAAGCCCAAACAAUUAAGCAAACAAUCGAAGGGUGUGAAGCUCUAGGCAUUAAGGGAGAGGAAAAAUAUUGCGCCACAUCUUUAGAAUCAAUGGUUGAUUUUAGCACUUCGAAGCUUGGAACAAGAAACGUUGAAGCAAUCUCGACGGAAGUAUUGGAAAGUGGAGCCACCAUGUCCAUGCACAACUAUACAACAAUGCCGGGACUGAAGAAGUUGGCAGGUGACAAAGUCGUUGUGUGUCAUAAGGAGAACUAUCCCUAUGCUGUGUUUUUCUGCCAUGCAAUAAAACAAACAGCAGCUUAUGUUCUCUCCCUGAAAGGCGAUGAUGGGGAGAAGGUUAAAGCAGUAACCAUCUGCCAUCUAGACACGUCAGAAUGGGACCCAGAGCAUUUGUCCUUCCAAAUCCUCAACGUUAAGCCCGGAACCGUUCCCAUCUGCCAUUUCAUUUCCACUGAUGCUAUUGCCUGGGUUCCAAAACACAAAUCAGCAUGAUCAUCACUUAGCACUGUACGUAUAAUUAUCUCCCUACUUAUUUCUGCCUCUUCAUCAUGUGGUGUAAGAUAUAUGAUGAGAUGAAGUUUUAGGGAUUAGUGGUCGGGUUGCCUGAAAAACACAGAUUGCAGAAAUGCUUGAAAUUAACCGGAUCAUGCUUGAAAUUAACCCGAUCAUGUUUUCUCUUGUAAGACUUCAACUUGUACUCCCCAAUGUUUGAGUGUUGAAUUGUUACGUUGGAAUAGGCUGCUAAUGCAUGUAGUUAGAGAAGCCUUCAUUUA